AUGGCUUCCGCUUCCUCGAAUGCCAAGCAGAGCCUCUACCCGGAUGUGGACCAGUCCCACCCUGAUCUCAACACCCCCUUCUUCUCCGCGCCCACCACCUCCACCGGCGCCGGCGCCGGCACCGGCACCGCCACCACGGGCAACUCCCUCUACCCUACCGUCGACCCCAACGAGCUCGCCGAGAACCUCUUCCCCGAGACGUCCGAAGAGGACGCCGCGCCGCCGCCGCCCACCACAGAGGAGACCGUCGUCGCCGUCCCCGGGGCGCAGCUCCACCUCGUCGACCCCGACCGCAGCCUCGACCUCGGCGCUGGCACGCUCUCCAUCGUGCGCCUCCGCCAGGGGGACCACUCCGUCGCCAUCCUGGCGCGCCUGAUCCCCGAGAAGCCCCACCACCGCCGCGGCCUCUUCCGCCUGUUCAGCAGCGGACGGUCUGACGGUGGCGCCGAGCAGGAGCCCGUCCAGUGGCCGCUCACCCGCGAUGUCGCCGCGGUCAAGCUCGACCCCGCGCACUACUUCUUCUCGCUCCAUGUCCCGCACACGGACCACCCAGACGACAAGGAUGACGUCGAGGAUGCCGAGGUGGACGCGGAGGCGGCGCUGAGCUACGGCCUCACGGUCGUUGGGAAGGGGCAGGAGAAAGUAUUGGAGGAGCUGGAUAGGGUCCUCGAGGAGUACACCACCUACUCGGUGAAGCAGGUGGAGGCGGCGGCGAAGGAGAGGUCGGAGGUCAUGGACGCGAGGGCAGUGGCCGAGAUCACUCCGGAGGAAGCUAUCGGGGAUAAGAAGGAGGUCGUUGAGGAGAAGUCUGCGGCGUUCUGGACGACAAUCGCGCCGAACGUCGACGAUUACAGCUCGUCGGUGGCACGGCUGAUCGCGCGAGGCUCGGGGCAGCUUGUGAGGGGCAUCAUCUGGUCCAGCGACAUCACGGCGGAGGGCCUGCGGCGUGGUGAAGAGGUGGUGAAGAAGAGCGUGGGGCCUAGCGCGAAGCCGACGCAGGUGAAGCCCAGAACUCUCAGAAGGAUGAAGAGGUAG